UUUUCCUUAAAAAUAGUUGAGUUUAGACCCCAUGUUGUUUAAACUUUUUUUGUUCAAAAUGGGCCAUAUUUUCACGUGUUGAAAUUUUUGUAGUCAAACCUGAUAGGUAUCUAAUCAUAAUAUUUAACUAUUUUUUGUAGAUUUUACCUGCGUAAGUCAGCACAUAGCAAAAAAUGGAUAAUCUUCCUAGAAGGAGGAUGGUAUUGCUAUGACCAUCAUAGCUGCAGAAAUCGAUGGAUAAAGCAGCGCCAUUAUAUGACGUCAUCAAAUUGGCCAGAAACUAAAGACGUUAGUGGCAUACUUUCACCAAAUAUGCAAGAAAAUCCUUAUUGGUGGAGCGCCAAUCAUGUAUUCGUGCCAUAUUGCACCAGUGACUCUUGGAGUGGAUCUAAGAAAUCAGAUAAACAAGGUACAUUUAGCUUCAUGGGAUCUUCAAUAGUACUACAAGUGGUGAGAGAUCUAAUUCCUUUGGGACUUGAAAACAGUACCGACCUAAUGCUUGCAGGUAGUAGCGCUGGAGGUACCGGUGUGAUGCUCAAUCUUGACUUUGUGGAAGAAUUGCUACAUGAACAAAUGCACCUAAGAAAGAUUCGAGUUAAAGGCGUAACUGAUUCCGGCUGGUUUCUGGACAGAACGCCUUUUGCUCCUACAAAUAAACCUGCUGUUGAUGCUAUAAGAAAAGGAAUGGAUUUAUGGCAAGGAAGAGUACCUAGAAGGUGUCGUGAACAAUACUUAGAUGAACCUUGGAGAUGUUAUUUUGGGUACAGAAUUUAUCCAACCCUUAAAACUCAAAUUUUCGUAUUCCAAUGGCUCUUUGACGAAGCACAAAUGGACGCUGACAAUGUCGGUGCUCCAGUAACAAAGCAACAAUGGGAUUACAUUCACAAAAUGGGUGAUGCUUUAAGGCAUAGCUUUCAGAAUGUUUCAGCUGUUUUUGCCCCCUCCUGUAUAUCUCAUGCAGUUCUUACGAAAAAAGAAUGGCAGGAAGUUAAAAUUGAUGACAUUUCUAUUGCUGAUGCUUUACAUUGUUGGGAACAAAAAGCGAAUAGAAAGAGAAUCAAACGACGGAAAAACAAUAAACGCAAAAAGUCCAGAAAGCAAAACUCAAACCCAGUGAAAAAUUCAGACAAUAGUCUGGUAACAAAUACUAGGCAAAAUACUACAACUAAAGCUAUUGAUGCUGUAAAUAAUGACAAAAAGAAAAAUAGGAAUCAAAGGAAAAAUAAAAGAAAAAAUCACAGAGAUCAACGCUCAAACAAGAGAAGAGCUAACCAGAUUAGGACAGCCAAUACUGUUCCAACAAACACCAAUUUGAAUUACAUCAACAAUCAAACUCAAAGAAAUCCAUUGCAGAAGCAACGACGAUCGUAUAAUAAACAUUGUGUACAUAGAAGAUUGGAACGGUGUUCUUGGCCACAAUGUAACCACUCAUGCCCAAAACUUCACAAUCCAUUUACUGGAGAAGAAAUGGACUUUUUGGAACUCUUAAAAUCUUUCGGUUUGGAUAUGGAAAGUGUUGCCAAUGCUUUAGGAGUAGAUAUGAAUACACUUAACAACAUGGACCAGGGACAUCUACUCAAUUUACUCACCCAACAAGCAAAUUAAACUGUUUUAUUCAAAUUUUAGUACGUUAGUGUGUUAUAGCCCAGUGACUUUUGCUUUAAGCAAUAUAAAGGUUUUGUAAGAACCUUUGCGUAUUUAAGUUAAUAAGCUUAGAAAAUAUAUGAUUAAAUCAAUAGCCAUCAUCUAUUAAAUGAUGAAAAAGUAUUCUUAUCUGGAUACUUUAUUCCUAUCAGUAUUUAUCAGCUAAAUGGUCAUUUUGUAUGUAUGUAAAAUACUCUGUAAAUAGAAAUCGUAAUAAGUAUUCCAAUCAAUCUCACACGUGAAGUGUUCUAACAGAUGUAAAACAAGAAAGUAAAUAAAUGUACCUCUAAGAUUAUUAUUAGGUAGUCAUUGUGUAAAUAAUAUUUAAUUUUUUAUAGUUGUAGAUGAUUUAACUGUAUAUAUCAAUUGAUUAUUUAUUUGUCUCUAUUUUGUACAUGUGUUUAAAACAUUUUUUUUCAGUUAUGUUGCUGAAUCGCCCAGUAUUUCGAUGUCUAUUUUCAAGAAAUAAUAUUUAAGUGUUUGUUUGCUCAAAUUGAAAAAAGGGCGAUUUUUAUGUUUAUUUGUUUAAGUUUAACCCAAAGACGUUGUUUGCUCUGUUUUUAAUGCAAUAGGACUGAUUUUCGUUCUACCUCAUUUGUGAAUAUUUAGUUUGUAAGUUACAUACUAUUAAAUUUUUAAAAAUAA